AUGGACAGUCUCCGUUCCCGCUCCCGGAGAAGCCGCCGGAAGCAAAGGAGGCGCAGUGAUAGCCGGCGGCCUGUAGCAACUGCCAGCCGAAGCAGGCGGAGUGAGAUGCCGCGCUGGAGCCGAAGGGAGGAAGCAGAAGAUAGAAUCGAGAGAAUCGAAAGAACGGACAGGAGCGAGAGAACAGAUGAUAGGUUCGACAGGGGUGAGGAUCGGCCACGAAGUCGUUGGGAACAGAGGGAGAAGCCGAAGCCUGAAAGCCGUGAUGGCUCUUUGCAGCCCUUACCACGCCCUGGGUAUGAUGAGGACAAGCGCUUACAGAAACUCAAUGAUGACCCUCGGUACCAUCCGGGAGCUGAGCUUGGCAAAGCCCAGAAAGCUGCCAUGGGCAUCAAAGGUUUGCAUGGGCGCAACACAGCCUCCUUUGAUCCUCGUUCUACCCUCGUGCGGCCCGCUAUGCGAAUCAUUUAUGGCAGAAAGGGUCAUGAGCUUGGCAGCACGACGAAGCCUGACGAUGUGGUUGUUGUGCCUGAAUUGAUUUGUGAACUUGGUGACCACAGUGUGGCAAGCCGUGUCAUUGCAGAGCUGAAGAAAUCAGCGGCAGAGCUGGAUCCCAAGACCCUCCCAUCCAUUGGCAGUCUGACGGCACGCAUGUGUCAGUACUUUCAAGUAGACCACAAGGAUGCACUUGUGAGAGUUCGUUGGCACCAAGCAGCCAACAGCCCAGCCUUGGAACUUCAGUCUACUGGCUUCAGUCGGAAAGACCGGACGAAUAGAAGAGGCUGCAUGCUGCACUUGUCUUUGGGAGUUAGCUGUGAGCUUGCCUUUAAGCGUUUGCGCACUGGUGAAGUGGUGUACUUCCCACAGUGCAAUGGCACCUUGACGUUGUUGGGAUGUGACAUCGAUACCAAAUGGUAUGCCGGCGAGUCAAAGGUUCCUGAGGGCAUGAACGUGUUGAUUUCUGUCUGGGGCACCAGUAGCAAAGCAGAGGAAGACCACUUGGCCGAGACUGUGUCCAUUGCCACAAAGGAGGGCCCCUGCAGAGACUUUCGCUUUGGGCGGUGCACCUAUGGAGACAACUGCAGAUUUUCUCACGAAGCUGGAGACGAGAAAGAAAAGUGCAACGAGACCAUGCAGGUGGUCUCUUGGCCAGCGAGGCCAUCAAUGCGAGUGAUCACGGUACCUGCAUCGAAGCGCUAUGCUGCUCCUGUGAAGCAUGAUGAUGUCGUUAUUGUACCAGAGUUCUUCUGUAAAGAAGAUGAUUGGGACACGUAUUAUGCUCUCAUCAAGGAGAUGCGCCAGAGUCAAGCCAAUGGUGAUCGGAAGGCGGAGUGGAUCUCUUGGCAUGAGGGCGCGCACUUGCUUAGUCAGAAUCCUACGGGCUCUACCACCUACAAUGAGGUCCUUGAGAAAAUAUGCGAUUACUUUAAAGCUGCGGAUCGCAAUCGUGGCACACGUUUCAAUUGGUACAGGGAUGGAUCUGACUGGAAGCCUUUUCAUCAUGACUCUGCAGCCUUCAAUGAACAGAGGGCGGCCAAUCAGAACUGCACAAUCGGGAUCUCAUUCGGUGCUGCGCGUGAGUUGGCUUUCCGUCAUGCUAAGACUGGCGAACUGAUUUAUGUGCCCCAGAAGAACGGCAUGUUGUUCUACUUUGGCAGAGAUGCGAACAUCACUUGGCAGCAUGGAAUUAAUGCAUUGCCAGACGAAGAGCAAGAUGGGAAGGGUCGCAUAUCCAUCAUUCUUUGGUGUUUGUGUCAGCUUUGCGUGGAAGAAGCCGGCUCUCCUGGUAUGCUCACGGAUGAGUCUCGCGGCAGCUACAGUAUGCAUGACAAAGGCAAGGGCAAAGGCAAGGGUAAGGGCAAAGGUGAUGAACUUUGCCGGGACUACCGCCGGGGUGCGUGCAGCUAUGGUGAGAGCUGUCGCUUCCUUCAUCGGUGA